GCUUUCUCCAUCAAACCUUCAUACAAUUUUUUUCCUCUCCCACACGUCAAAACCUUCACAGCUUCCACAGACACAAAACCUUAACAAUGAAGAGAGAAAGAUCAGGAGAAGUGCAAUACGACGGAGAGGUCAUCGACCACGAGUCCAUGGACGACAUGGCCAAGUGCCUCAUGCUGCUCUCUAAGGUCGGCUCGAACGACACCAAGCUGCAGGGGCCCCCGCGACGAGUCUUCACUUGCAAGACGUGUAACCGGGAGUUCCCCUCGUUCCAGGCCCUGGGUGGACACAGGGCGAGCCACAAGAAGCCGAGAAUGCUCACUGACCCAGCCCUCCACAGCGAGGGGGCCGAGGUGGCGUCGAAGCCCAAGACCCACGAGUGCUCGAUAUGCGGGCUCGAGUUCCCGAUAGGGCAGGCCCUAGGCGGGCACAUGAGGAGGCACAGGGGAGAGCUGGCGGCAGCCGCUCCAGCAGCAGCCCCGCCUUCGCAGAGAGUGCCGGUGUUGAAGAAGUCGGCGAGCAGCAAGAGGGUGACGACGUGGUGCUUGGACUUGAACUUGUCCCCUCUGGAGAACGAUCUGAGGAUGAUCCUGCUGGGCAAGGCGGCGCCUCCAAUUAAUUUCGUAGUUUAGACUCUCUCUUUUUUUUCUUUUUUUUCCCCAUUCGGUAGUUUUAUUUUGUAGAUUCUGGAGCACAUAAUCUUUUUGUCUAGGGUAGAGCAAAUUCAUUUUUUGGUGGGUUAGUACGUAACACAGCAUUUCUUUUUUAUUUGUUCAUCAUUCAUGUGUAUAUAAUAUUUUGGGUCGGUGUAAUCCUUUACUCUUAGAUGGAUUUGUUUCCUAGCAAAAAAAAAGAUGGAUUUGUUGCUUUAUAAAUUUGAUUUUUCUUGCUUUGAAUA